AUGGCACGACGCUCGUCAGCCAGAAUCCGCGCAAAGCAGUCGACUACGCCACAGGCCCAGAGAGUUUCUGACCUGGGCGUCGACAGCGAUGCUAUCAAGACUCCUCGCCCCGCUCCCAAACUAUCCGCAGUCGACGAAGACGACGGUCCGCAACCUACACCCACCAGAACCGCCCAGACACCCCGUGACGGCACCCCUAUCCAACCCAGCGUCCAAGAAAUGCAUCCCCAGAAGUACCAGAUGAGCACAGCCAAGCCGCUCGAUGAAGCACGAUGGCUGGGGUUCAGCAGCAAUAAGACGACCCAGCAGACACCCACCAAAACUCCCAAGGCACCACAGAAUAUCAUGGACAACGCGCCUGACUUCAGCUUCACCUUUCAGCGCCCCACUCUGAACCUGAGCCCGCAGGCUCGCGCACUGAUGGAGGAGACAAGGGGAGAGGCGGCAAAGAUUCGCAAUGAGAUGCAGGCCACACAGAAGGACCAGCCGUCGGCUAACGACGUAUUGGUGCGCAAGAUUGCUACUCCCUCGGGCAAGGUCAGCCGCUUCAGCGACGUGCACAUGAAGGCCUUUAAGAAGAUGGACUCGAUCGCCGACCAUCCUUCAGCCUUCAGGACCAAAGACAACAAGCCACUGGCCACCGACAAGCCGUCUGCACUCAAGCGCUCACCGUCCAAAGCCGAGCUUGAGCGCCCAUCCUCGUCGUCCUCGUCUACAUGUCUGCCUCGUCCCGUAUCGCGCGACAACCUGGAUGCAGGCCCGGCCAAGCGUGUCAAACGUGCUGCUGACGACGAUGCUACCACUUCGCGCCCUGAUGCUACCCCCAAGCCUAUCCUCAAGAGUGCCAUCAAGUCCAACAUGACACCGCGCUCCGUCAAACCUCCUCAGUCAAUACUCAAGUCGGCCAAGUCCGCUCGCCGCACCACCAUGAUCCCCUCUUUCCAACGCAGUCCUGUCAGGCCGAACAUGACUAGUGCAAGCGUCCAGCACGAACAGGCUCAAGACAAGCAGAAGGACCAACGUGCACAGCUCCUGUCCAAGUCUCCAAUAAAGUCUCCAGUCAAAUCGUCCAUGGCUGACCGCAUUGCUCGCUUUGAGCCUGAGGCUCCCGAAAGUCCGCUACUCAGUCGUAGCCCGGCCAAACACCCAUCGCCGACCAAGGCCUCUAUUGCUCCCGAGUCUCCCAACGAUUCUUCGAAGAUCCCCUUCCUUGCCCGAUCUCCUGCCAAGAAGACGUCCAAUGCCAUCCCAGAUGCUGAAGAUAACGAGGCAACCAAGGAAAAGCACAACAAGCAACCUUUGCUGGCUCGUUCCCCUGCUAAGAUUCACGUACCUGGCUCCUUUGACACUGAGCAGCAACAAACACCCGGAAGGCCUAGUCUGUUUGCCCGCUUCAACCUGUUGCGUCAAUCUCCUGUCAAGUCCAUCCUACGCACUCCACAACGCUUGUACUCAGACGACCCCUUCAAGGUCGCCAAUGGCACCCACUUGUCGACUCCACCCAACAACACUUCCGAUACUGAAAAGGCUGGUCCGCCACCCCCUCCCAAGACCUGUCCUAUUGUCAAACAUGUUGAUUUCUCUGCUUCAACCAAGGCUUUCGAUCAAGCCGAGGAAACACCCGACACUCCUACCAAGGCCUCAUCGCCUCCAUCAAAGGCCAACGAGCAAGCUGCUAUUGCCUAUCCUACUCUACCCACUACUUCUGACAAUGCCGAACGGCCCAAGAAGGCAUAUCGUCGUAUGACCAUGGCUGGUGCUCCUAACGACUUUACAUUCCGCGCUGGUGAGCAAGCUAUUACCUUCGCUCCCUCGCCUCGUCGCACCACCUCCCAGGAGAUCAAGCCUUCCAUCCGCUCUGUCGAACACUCGCCCGAGCUUCCUGCAGCCACUGGCCUCAAGCGCAAGGCCGACGAUGAAGAUUUGCGAAACCAAGCCACCGGCACUACAGCUAGCGACAAGGAAAACGACGAUUCUGAACAUCGUCCUGCAAAGAAGGCCAGAUCCGAAAAGCCCGAGCCAACUCGCCCAUCUAUUGCUGCCGCUACUGCUAGGACUCCAAUCAAGAAGAUCCCUACCGUGGGUGUCAGACCAAAGUCCUUCACCCAGAAGCCCAAGGAGAAGCGUCCGGGUGUGUUGAGUGCAGCACGCCUAGCCGCUCUCGCAACCCCCAAGAGACGUUGA